AUGACGAUGCACUCGACCCCGGCUAGCGGGGGCGGUGUGGAUAUGGAGUCCUAUACAGCCGCGGGGCUUUCGUACAAUGUACAGCAGCUGCAGGCGGAGUUCCACGUGCUCUCGCCCUGCGAGGCAUACAAGGAGUUGUGCCAGCGCUACCAGUGCCGUUCCAUAACAGCAGUCGCUGCGAUGUUCUCCAGCCACGUGGGCCAGUGGAAUGCGACAACUGAGCUGAACCUCUCGCGGUCAUACGUCGGCCCGAAGGGCAUCCGGCCGGUGGUGGAGUUGUGCAAGCGGCUCUCCGCCCUCAAGUCGUUGAACUGUGCCGACAACUAUCUGACAAAUGAUUCGGUGUACUUUCUAACACGGAUGGCGAUGUACCACCCGGCGCUGGAACGCAUUGAGCUUAGUGGCAACGAGUUCAUCUCGUGGACGGGCGGUACUUACCUGGCGGAGCUGGUUGUGCGCAACACCAACGUGAAGGAGGUGGGCAUGCGCCGCACCGCCAUCCCGCCGCGCGUCGCGGAGGCGGUAUUCGAACAGACGCGACGCAACUGCGUCCUCGCAUGCCAGGCGGUGGGACGACUGCCGAAACCAAGCAGCCACCCCUCGGCGAUCCACCUGCGUGCGAUGAAGCGCUUCUUCCUCGAGAUGCAGGAAGACGGCACCGUACCCGCGACAGCGCUCGUCGCGGGGUUCCGUGAGCGGCUGCGCAUUCUCGGCCGCGAGCGCGAUAUCAGCAUGUACACGGAUGCGUUCUUCGAGGACCUCUGCCGCCGCGUGCCACUCAAGCGCAUCCCGUGGGAGGCGUUUCUCGUGACGCUGCGAAUGGACGGGGGCGUGUAUGACGCCGACCUCGUGAAGGAGCUGCAGCGCGUCUUUUUGGAGUUCAAUGUCGAGCCCACCGCCGGGCUGGAGGGCUUCGUGGAGGUGCGUGAUCUAGCCGCUAUUCACGCGCGCCUGUAUGGCGAGCCGCCGACGGAGGAGGAGGUCUCCAGCCUUCGAAACCAGCUUGGGCUUGAUGAGACCAUGACGCUUCACUGGGACGAGUUUCUUGCGUUGAUGUACAGUCGUGGACCGAGGGACAAGGUGAAUGUGGUGGGGUGGAUGCUGACGCCGCUCGGCGAUACCACAGCUGUGCUUCACUUUUGA